AUGGACCAGAUUGAUAUAAAGAUUAGCGAGCCUCAUAAUUUUGAGCGAAGAUUUUGUUAUCUAUCCGGUUCUCAUUUGGAGUGUAUUGAGGUUAUGUAUCUGGACGUCGCAACUUUUGGUGGGUUCGAUUUGCUCAUGUACGUUUACUGUCCGGUUCUUAAAUUAUUAUUGAGGUUUAGCAACCAACUUAUGUACGUUGAUAUGAGAUUAUGA